GGGGUAGGGGGCUCACACUCAAAAGAGGUAGCUGUUCUUCCCUUUUUUGCCCUUUUAUUUUUCUCUCUCACUUUUGGCUAAGGUUUUUACUUUAACUUCUUUCUAUAUAAUUUUUUUCUCUUUUCUUGAUCUAAAUCUUAUAUUUUUCUUUCAAAGUUUAAAUCUUUGAUAUCUUUUCUUUGUGUUUUUUUUGUUUUCUUUGAUUUUAAUUGUUUUUUUGGGUAUAUUUUUGUUGAUUGGAAUGAUUUCAAUCUUUUGGUGGUUGAAGGGUAAGUGAGAAAAGUGAGUAACUUUGGUAUUGAAGAAGGGAUAUUUGGGAAAAAGAUUUUGUCAAGUGAUAGUUUUUUUUGAUGAUGAUAAUGAUGGUGAAAAUGAGCACUAUGGUUCUUUUGACCAGAGAAAAAGAGUUUAGUAGAUAAAAGAAAAAGAUGUCCCCUCCUGUCAAAUCUUGGUUGUAAUUGUCAAAUGUGCAAAAAAGAAAAGAGUAGACAAAAGAGUGCAAAGACUGUUCUUUUCUUUUUCUCUUUUUUCAUCCACACGCUUCAUUUUUUGCCUCUAAAUUGAUGUUGUUGUUGAAAAAUAUUUGUUUGUUUUGCUAGUUUUGGCUGAGUGACGGGGGGUAGUGAAAAUGCCUAUGUAUGUGCCAUCUAGGGGGAGGGGAGAGGAGUUUGAUGUGGGUGGUGGUGGGCAGGUGUUGGAUCUGGAAACUGCUGUUAAAGAUGGGAUUUUGGGUGGUGGGGGUGGGGUGGUGGGGGUGCAUGGUGUAGGUGGUGGAGAGAAGAAGUUGAGUUUGAAGAAAAUGAUGGAGGAACUUGAUUCAAUUGAAGUUCCAUCCGUGUUCAUUUGUCCAAUUUCUUUGGAACCAAUGCAAGAUCCAGUGACCCUUUGUACUGGACAAACAUAUGAGAGGUCUAAUAUUCUUAAAUGGUUCUCUUUGGGUCAUUUUACUUGUCCCACAACAAUGCAAGAGUUGUGGGAUGAUUCAAUCACACCUAAUAGUACUCUUCAUAAGUUGAUUUAUAGUUGGUUUUCUCAGAAGUAUUUGGCUAUGAAAAAGAGGUCUGAGGAUGUGCAAGGAAGGGUUUUGGAGAUUUUGGAAACCUUGAAGAAGGUUAAAGGUGAGGCUAGAGUUCAAGGUUUAAAGGAACUUAGACAAGUUGUCAGUGCUCAUGAUUCAGCCAAGAAAACAGUGAUAGAUAAUAGUGGUGUUAGUUUAAUUACUUCACUGUUAGGUCCUUUUACCAAACAUGUUGUUGCUUCUGAGGCAAUUGGUAUUUUGGUACACUUGGAUCUGAAUUCAGAUGGGAAGGCUAAUUUGAUGCAACCCAAUAAGAUUUCCUUGAUGGUGGAUACUUUGAAUGAGGGAUCUAUUGAUACCAAGAUAAAUUGUACGAAAUUGCUCGAAAUGUUGAUGGAAGGGAAGGAUUCAGAGUGGGAAGUGUUGUCAAGUUUGAGUCUUUUGGUAGGAUUAUUGAGAUUAAUCAAAGAUAAGAGACACCCUAAUGGGGUGUUGUCUGGUCUGAGAUUGCUUAGUUUGAUAUCAUCGCACGAAUCACUGAGGAAUUCGAUUGUUGGUAUUGGGGCAGUCCCCCAAUUGGUGGAAGUAUUGCCUAACUUGAAUGCUGAAUGCUUAGAGUUAGCUUUGGUUAUCCUUGAAGCCCUGUCUACCCUUCCAGAGGGAGCAUUGGCAUUGAUGGAUUGUCGUAGCACUAUCCCGAAUAUGGUGAAAUUGCUCAUGAAGGUAUCAGAGAGCUGUACUCAAUUUGCGUUGUCGAUUCUAUGGGCAGUGUGCAAACUUGCCCCGGAGAAAUGCUCAUCUGUGGCUGUUGAGGCAGGUCUAGCAGCCAAGUUGUUGCUUGUUAUUCAAAGUGGAUGCAAUCCCGUACUGAAACAACGGUCCGCUGAGCUCUUGAAACUAUGCAGUCUAAAUUACUCAGAGACCAUCUUCAUUUCCAAGUGUAAGCUUACCAAGACAAUGCAAUGAGGUACCAUGGUGUUGUUCAUACAGUUCUAUAUACCCGCAAGGGCAAGGUGCUCAACAGCUCGCGGAAUCUGUAUAAUUGGGAAAGAAGGUGCCGACUUGUACAUAUUAAAGAGCUUUAGCUCUCCAUGAAAAAGGAUUCAUAAUGUGGAUUAUAGAUAAAGUGCUUAUAUCAGACUCUCGUUAGGUGCCUUCCAUUUGAUCUUUCCGCUGAGGUUUUCUAAUAACGUAAGGCACACCGUGGUUUCAAAUUGAUUCUUCAAAUCUUUGUAGUCAGUUAGACUGGCGAUUUGAUUGCCCCGUUGCUAUAAUUGAAUGCUAUAGAUCAUAUUUGCUAUGUAAAAUGAUGGGGGUGGCAAAAUGUGGAAGAAUGUCCGGGCAAAGGCAGCUGUGUUUGAAAUUGUAAUUGUACACAUUUGUUUAGGAAUUCUCCGAGUCUAUCCCAAUUCCCAAAUUUUCCCCAAUUAUUUUUAGCAAGUCCUUAGUGACUUUCACUUUGCUCGAUCGGAAUGUAUCACUUGGGAGUUCUUUUUUUCCUUGCGGAGAUUGUCAUUUGUAAAAAGAACAACAUUUCCAAUAUGAAAACAGCAUUCGAAAUUGAUUCAA